ACGGCCCGCGGAAAUACCACUAAGAAGGAGCGUUAGGUACGAUAUUCAAAAUGGCUGCUUGGCAUUAUGUUGCUGCCAUUGCUGGCUCCUAUCUCUGCACAUCCUUGUUACUCUUGAGAUUUCCUACGAUUCUUCACAAGAAGAAGAAAAACAAAAUAAAAUGCAGACAUAUCAGUCACCGUGGAGGUGCUGGAGAAAAUCUAGAAAAUACCAUGACUGCGUUCAGAAUGUCAGUUGAAUGUGGAACUGAAAUGAUCGAACUGGAUGUGCAGCUGACUGCUGAUAAACAGAUUGUUGUAGCACAUGACUUGAAUCUUACAAGAACUUGUGGCAAAGAUAUCAAUAUCAGUGAUUUGAAUUUUGAGGAUUUACCAGAGAUGUCAAACCCAUUAGCUGUCACUUUUUCAAAUGAUAAAUACUGCCAUGCUUCCAAUAGCGACAGAAAGAUCCCAUUGCUUAAAACUGUAUUUGACGAGUUUCCAAAUUUGCCGAUUAAUCUUGAUGUGAAGACAUAUGAUGAAGAGUUAAUCGAAUUGGUGCAUAAAAUGAUAUGCGAUUAUGACAGAAAGGAAAUCACGGUAUGGGGAAAUGUCAACGCCAAAACUGUUGAACGGCUCCACAAACUUGAUCCAGAUAUACCAUUGCUAUUCUCUUUCAAAAGAUGUGUUAUACUUUUGCUGACAUUUUACACUGGUCUUUUACCCUUUAUUCCGCUGAAAGAGAGUUUCUUAGAAGUAAUAAUGCCAUCGCCGAUUUUGAGGUGGAAAAAGUCAUCGCUAACAAGAUUUCAGAGGAUAGUUAUUAGAAUUGUAGAUUCGUUGUUUAUGAAUUCAUAUUUAUUUAAGCAUCUAGAAAGACGUGGUAUUCAGACAUUUCUUUGGGUUUUAAAUGAAGAGGAAGACUUUGCUCGAGCUUUUGACGAGCUCGGAGUUGCAGGAGUGAUGACAGACUACCCAACCUUGUUAAAGACGUACCUCGAUCAGAGGGACAAGAAGGCUGAUGAAAAGGAGACUACACAGUCGGAUCCUCUGCUUAGCGCUGGUUGUAGGAGGCGACGAAAAGUAGAAGAAAAAGGGUGCGAGGAGGCAGUGAACGCAGAAUAGGCAGAUCUGCUCCACAUAACGUUAGAAGCUCAACAAAAUUUUCCAAAUAUAGAAAAUAUGAAUUGAUAUAUAUAUUAUAGAGUUUUAUUGCCAAUCAAACCAGUUAAAUUAAUACGUGGAUGUCUAUAUCAUUUUAUAAUUUUAUUCAAACCAGUGCAUGUCCAUAGUGCAUAUCAACAUCGUAUUAGUUAAUGAUUUUUCUCAAUCAAGUUUUUCUCAGCACGCGUUUGCGUUCGGUGAUAUGUUUUUGUGAAUGGCUCAGUUUUACUAGACUGGAAUUAGCAUUAACUUGUCUAUUUUAACCCUAUAUUUUUAUCUAUCUUAAAAUACACUAUAUAUAGUCUUUUAAUUGAUGAAGAAUCGUAAGAAUUUCAAUUUGUAAAUUUAGAAACGUUCUGCACUGUACUUGGGAAUCAGUGCUCUUGGUUAUAUUGAGAAACAUAACAUCAUAUAUUAUGAAAUCUUUUUUCGUCAUUUCGCCUCUAAGUAGAGAACAUGAUGAGGUCAGAUAGCACGUUCCUCCAAAAGCAUUGUGAAAGAAAGACCUUCAGCAAAAGAUGUUUAAUUUCU